AUGGGAUGUGCAUGCAGACUACCUACUGCACAGGAGGCUGUGAAGCUCAAGGCCGUUGCCCAAGAGAGUGGCCUUUUCUGUAAGGAGGCGAAAAGAUUAAACCCUAAGAUCUCUCUAUUGCUGCCCAGAGGCCGCAUUGAUAGAUCAGGAGUAGAGGAUUUACAUAGGGAAAUCGUUGAAUUCAACAGAGAUAUCUUGGGGCCUAAUAUUGGAAACAUCAAGAUUAGACGGGUUAUGGGUUCACGGGUGAUAUUGGAGAUGCCCACUGAUGUAUACGUCCUCUAUCGCAACUCUGGGAGUCGCAUCUUUUGCAAGGGAGGGUCUAUGGGAGGUAGAGACUAUAUUUAUGUUAGGCAGGGCUACAACUGCGGCAGCGUACAUAACACUGCCGCACCCUACUGCGACCCUGGCAAGAUCCAGUGUACAAGAUGUGGGGGAACGGAUCACUCCUUGCAAGACUGA